AUGGACCUUGAAGACAGUAAAAGCUCAUCUGAUGUGGUGUCAGACACGUGUGGAGUCUUGGACCUCCACCCUCAUGCUGGUGAGGACACAGAAGGACAGGGGACAUCCAACGAUGUGAAGGAGGAAGAACCUACUCCUGAUUUGGAGUGGUUACAAGAAUUAUACGAAGAGGACGAUGAUGAUGGUGACCUUGCACUUGUAGCUGACCAUGGCGAGAAGUGGAGUUAUGCCGAGACAGCACGGAUGUUCAAGCUGAGACGAAACCUGGACCAGCUGGACAGCUUUCGGCAACAGAAGGAGCUUGACGUGGAAAAAGCCAGAGAAAACCUGAAACUCUGCCGUCAAAAUAUAACGAGUUUACUGGAGACGAGGGAUAACUUAGAGAAAGAAAUAGAGCACCAGAAAGUGACAGACAACAGUGUGGCAGUGUUACGAUUGCCAGCUCAGCAUAAGCACUUGUGUCAAAGGCUGCAGAAUGAGGAAGAGCUGGAAGGCCAAAUCAACACUAAACUGAGGCAACAAGAACGGGAACUGAGUGAGGUGGAAGAGGAGCUUGGCAGGGUCGACUUGCUCCGUCAGGAGCUGCAGGAAGAAGAGCAGCUAUUUCAAGUCUUUAAAGCUCAGAAGGCAACACAAAGGCUGAAGCAGGAGAAGAAAGUCAGACAGAAUUUGCAGCAGAAAAUGAAGCAUUUUAGGGACAAACAGGAAACCAUGCUGAAGGAGGAGGCUGAGUGUCAGAGAAAAAUUGAAGAGAGCCGAGCAAGCCAGAGGAAAGCUGCCAAACACUUGAAACAGACCAUUAAAAGAUUAAAUCAGCAAGCCACGGAGAAGGAGCAACAGAACAGGGAGUUAUUGGAAAAAAGGAUUCAGGCUGUUAUGUCCUUAAAAAAUAACAUAGAAGCCAACCAAGAGUGUUUACAGAUCCAGCAAAGCAAAGCCAAAGAAAAUGUUCAGCAGAAAAAACUACAACAAAGAGAACUGAAAGAGACUCUGCAGGCCCAGGGCAUCUACAGUAUCAAAAAUAUGUACCAGCAGAACCAACUAGAGGAGACAAAACGAAAACAAGAGAAAUUUGAGGAGAGCCAAAAGUCAAAGAGAAUGGAGAUUGUGGCAAAACUUCUUCAGGAGGAACAGCUGAUGAAGAGUAGAAAAAGUAACCAGCCUCCACCUCUCAAACCAUCAACCAAUGACAAGUCCCUGUUUCUGAGGAGGGACGCAGAGAAGCUCCUCUCCUACCUGGAUCCUUCUCCCCCACCCGUUGUUGAGGAGACAGCUCUCAUUACUUUUAGAAAAAUCAGGGACAUAAGCAGCUCCUCAUCAGCUUCUGAGGACUCAGAGGAAAUGGAAGAACCCAUCCAGGGAUAUGUGGACCACCAGAGUCUUGCCGACAGCAUUGCUGAACCUGAAUUUUCUGGGCUGUGGAACCAAGACUACAAGAAGCUUGUCAAUGCGAAGACUACACCACCGGAAACAGAAGUAAAGAAAGAAGAACCUUCGAUGGUUGGCGGAAAGCUCAGCAGCACUGUUAAGAAAGGGCCUUCGUUCAUCAGUAAACCAGAUGUCAUCUUCUUCGAGGAUUUUGAAGUUGGUAAAAUAUAUAAGAAAAAAAUUGUCCUCAUAAACAUCAGCUACACGGUCAACAACUGCAAGUUUGUCAGGGUUUCAGCUCAGUUGAAGGAUUUCAUCUCUAUCAACUUUGAUCCUCCUGGUCCCUUGUCCACUGGGAUGUCUUAUAAUGUGCAGGCUAUUUUCCGGCCAAUGAUCAAUGAGAACUUGGAAGGAGAGAUCCAUUUUACAUCACCUUUAGGUCCCUUCUCAGUGCCUGUAAGAUGCACUAUAAAGACGUGCAGACCGGAGGUUGACAGCCAGUUCAUAGACUUCGGUUCGCACAUGGUGGGCCAGACUAUUUCACGGACUGUCACCUUGACCAACAAGGGAGCGCUGGGCACCCUUUUCAGCCUGGAUACCUCUGAGUGUCUCACUCCAGAGACUAGCCAUGUUCAGCUGCCAUCCCACAUCUCUGCCAGCAUAAGUCUGGAAAAAUGCAGUGAAAACACGUCAUGUAAUAGCCAAGAGAGCUUUAUUUCCACACAUGCUGGAGAAGUCCAGCCAAAGCAGCAGAGCCAGGAGCUCUGUGAGGCAUCACAGCAAGAGAAGCCCGCAGAAGGUCCAGAAGGAAUGUCUGAUGAUUUUCUGUCCUCAUAUGUGGAGACCCAGAUAGACUCUUCAGACUCCAGUGACAUUAGACUUGGACUUGUAAGAGAAGGAGAGAUUGGACCAUUUCAGAGCAUCAGACUUGAUGUUUUAUUCACUCCAACCAUUCCUGGAGAGACCAGACUGGAUUUCUACAUCAAAUUCUCUGACAUAAACACCAGACCAAUACCCAUCAAAGUGAGGGCUGUGACCACCAGCAUUCCUGUAUGGGUCGUUGAGCCAAACAUUGACCUGAAAAUCUGCAUGUUUGACCACCUUUAUCAAGAAAGGGUUGUGGUCCAAAGCAGAGCAAGCACAGCUUUGAAACUGACUUUUGAGGUGUGCCCUGAAAUGAGGAAACAUAUGGAGAUUCUACCAAAGACUAGCGUCAUCCAGGCUCAAUCAAGCUUUAAUGCUCAGCUGAAGUUCAUGCCGAGACGAUCCCUGUCCAAAGAUGCUGAGCAGUUUUUUGACAUUGAUACAGGAGUUCUGGAGGUUCCAAUGACAGUCUACGUAGCCGGCCAGGUGAAACCUGCCCAUUUCACAGUUCAGGCGAUUGUGACCUCAUCGGACCUGCAGUUGGACCAGACUGAAGUGGACUUUGGUUACUGUUCCGUCUACGAAUCAGUGACGAGCACCGUUCGCCUCACCAACCUGUCGCUGCUGCCUCAAGACUUCGGCUUCGUGGGCGUUCCAGAGUUCAUUGAGGUCCAGCCCAAUGAUGGCUUUGGUACUCUGCUCCCACAAGAAACCCUGGAGAUCGAGCUGAUUUUCAGUGCAAAGGCAACCAAAAACUACCAUUUCCAGUUCAACUGCAAGUCUGGAACUAACAGGGACCUUGUGCUGUCCUGCCAGGCGGUGGGUGUCCAGCCACCACUGGAGCUCUCACAUUCUUUGGUUCAGUUCAGGGCCACAGCAGUUGGUGACCAAUCAACUGCCAGACUGUACCUGACCAAUCGUCAUGCCGACCAUAACCAGCCAAAACUAACAGUCACUUCAGCAGUCAAAGAUGCCAGAGGGUUCUGCUUCACUCUCCCACAAGAUUCGGACAUCAGCAUCACUCCCUCUGUAGGACGCCUUGACCCUGGAGAGAGAUGUUGUGUCAUGGUGGCAUUUAAGCCAAGACUUUUGGAGCAAGACAUUAAAGAGGAGGCGUUACGUCUCGCCCACCAAGCCACGAUGCGCAGUGAGGAAAAACUGGAGAGAACCCAAGUGGAACCUAAUAAAGAGAAAAGGGGAAUUAUGAAUCCAAAGAGCAGAACAGCGAAAGACCAAAAAACAAACAAACUAAAGGAAUCAGCCGUUCCAGUCCACAUACAGCCGGGGUCAGCGCAGUGGAAGGAGGCGGAGGUCUCUCUGCUCCGCUCCUUCAGCCAGCGCUUCAGAGAGUACACCAUUCCUUGCUUUGUGUCAGACGACGACCCUUCAGAGACAGACAGACAGCUCCGGCCAACUUGGAGUCCCACAAACACCCUCUACCUGAAGGUUCACUGUCCUGCUCUACAGCCCCCUCUGGUGGUGACAUCCAACAAUGGCCACAACGUCAUAGAGUUCCAGCAGGUGGUUGUGGGAGAGAAGCUUAUUAAAAAGUUUACAGUUCAGAACAUUUCAAAGGAGUCUUUGGAUCUGAAGUCGUCAGUGUUGGACAUACAUGGCUCUUUUGAGCUCCUCACUACCCUCAGAUCCAUCGGACCUGGAAAAGAGCAGACUCUAGCGGUGGCAUUCAGACCUACUCUGGUCCAAAAGUACUGUGAUGUUCUGGAGCUGCAGUGCCAUAAAAUGGUCAUCCAAAUGAGUCUCCACGGCGAGGGUGUGGAUCCUGCAGUCACGUCAUCUCCCUCUGGUGGUCUGCUGGACUUUGGCUACGUGCUGAAGGAAGAAACCGCCUCACAACGUGUGCAGUUACACAACAGCUCAGCAGUGGCCGUGGGUUUCAGAGCGCUGCUGGCCAGCCAGGCUCUUUCCAGGUCACAAGAUGGAGCUGACACACUGGCCUUACCCCUGGAUGGAUACAGAGGCUCGCAGCUCCAGCUUACCAAGGGGACCCAGAACUACAGCGGGCUGAGUGUGUUCACCGUAAAGCCAGUAGAGGGCAGCAUUGCUCCUGGUAAGAGCCAAGACCUCACCAUCACCUUUCAGCCUGACCACCCAUCUGUCAACUAUUGUGACAGGCUCACCAUAGAGCUCCCGAAUAAGCAUAAAGUGAUGGAGCUGAAGGGAGCAGCCUCUUCACGUAUCAUGUAUCUAUGUGGAGGAGACCUGACGGUGCCCACUGAAUCUCUCCUCCCACCAUCCAUCACCAGCCAGCCUCAGCUCACAGAGUCGGAGGUGAUGGAGAGUAUUCCCUUUCUGGUGACCCUGCGGGCCGACUGCAGAGCUGGUGUCAUCAAGCCUGCAGUCAGGGAGCUGCAGGUGGGCUGCAUCCACUCCACAAGGACCAGUAGGAAGAGUGGCCAAUUUUACUGGGAGGAUGUGGCAUCUGUGCAGCAGCAAGGAUUCAGUGUGGAGCCCAUUAAGGGAACUGUGGAGGCAGGACGCAGAUGCACCAUCAGCAUCACCUGGACUCCCCCCAGUGGAUACAAGCCCUUUGAGGUGGUGCAGAUGUGCGUUCCUCUUACUCUAAAGGGCGAUGAGACCAAUGUUUACAGCGUCACCCUGAUGGCUUUGGUCUCUGUGACUGCCGACUGACCUCCACAGUCCCUGGAUGAGAAGUCUGCUCACAUGUACUCUGACAAAAUACACAAACACACACGACGUAUAUAUAGAUAUAACACAGAGGAAUAAAUAACCUAAUUAUUAAGCUUGUUGUCUGAGGUAAUGAGGUGUCAGUUUUGUUUCAGUUCUCCCAAAAUGCUCAAAAAGACAUUUGAAAGGAUGUUUGUGUCUUCUUUUCUUAUAAAUAUUGAAAAGAACUGAUUUGUAUGUGACUUGUUUUUUUUUCUUCU